AUGGUUUUUAUGGGAAAACACUUUUAUAGAUUAAUUACAAUAUCAACAAUAUUAGUGGCCGUUGUCUUACUCAACAAAGCAAUGGCCAAACCAGUGAAAGAUGAAAAUAAACGUGAAAAAAGAAGUGGAAUAUCAGAUCAAAGACUCGCCGAAUUGGAAACACUUCUCGAACUGAAGAGAUUGAGAGAAAACUUAAGGACUCGUACACCAGUUGCUUAUGGACUCAUAGAUCCGGCAAAGAUUGGGAGAAGACGUAAACGCGACCAUUAUUUUCAAACUAAUAAUUUCGAUAAACUGUUGGCCAGAGAUAAGGACAGUAGUGUAUGGGAGACAUCGUUGAUCAAUGCAAUCACUAACUAA